AUGUCAACAUGCUGUGCUUCCACACGGAAAGUUGAUGGGAUGUGGCUUUUGACCGAUGACCAAGAAGCGGGGUGCCCACUUACACCCAGGGACCGCGAGAUGGACGAUCCUGCUGAGUGGGUGGAUGACCUUGCCACCUUCAAUCUUGCCAUAUACCAUCAAGGAGACUUGGGGGCCAACUUCCGGACUCAAAAUGAUCCCAACAUGAAUAUCGCAGAUCCGGACCAACGUACCAACGCCACCGUCCACGGAAGAGAAAAAGACGGCGGCGGUGCAUACUACACGUUGGUGGUGCUCGAGUUCCGCUUCGAACCCAACGGCCUAGCGCGCCGGAUCAAGACUGCGCAUAUCGCCAUGAAGUUCGCCCCUAUUAGCAAGGGAAACCCCAGAGAUGAUCCCGAGGUGGUUGCCGUGGCGCCAGAUGGAUUCUUUAGCAUAGCGCCGACCACGCAAAGUGAAACACGGACCAAAGAAGGUGGGGGUACGGCGGGUAUGGGAGCUGGGGGUGGGAAGGCUGAGGUGAGCUUCAAGCUCGUGAAGAGCACUGAAGCCGAGACUUGGGAUGCUACUGUCGUUAAAGGCGGGGCAGAGCUGAAAGACAGAAAUUGGGGCCCGAAGAACACGGCAGCCUGGGCUCUUUUAGAGAACAGGUCCCGAGAAAGCAGGGUCGCGUCCGGCUUGACGACUGCCGUUUUGAUCAAGAGGGUUGACAUGGCGCCUUUCAAAGCGUCUGUGACCAUCAACGUCACCGCAGACACUCGGACCCAGGUUGCCUCCAUCUUCGCAAGAGAUCCUAGCGACGACGACCUCUACUUCAACCCAAGAAAGCCGUCAGAUGCCAACUUUGCAUACGAUGAGCAUAAUCUAGGCAACAUCUCGACUGAAACCCUGUCACACGUUAAUUUUAGGACCGUCCUCCUCGGGGCUGAUCGGCCGGUUGUCUUCGUUGGCCAUGGCCUCGGAGGUGUUGUAAUCAAGGAGCCCCUAGACAUCGAUUCGUCAAGAGUGGAAGAUACCCCCAGUUUCGCGGGUGGGAUUGCCUCCAUGGUGAUCGAGAUCAACCGCGACUUCUUGGACACGAAAUUUCAUCUUCGGGCCGUCAUUCUCGACGUCGUUUCAGCAGCCCAAGACUCUGAACAAAAGAAGCGGCUGAGGCAUCCGUGGGCAGUUCAUGGCACAGCCCUGCGAGAAUCGCUUCUCUCAGAGGCGGCCCCUCAGCUACCUUUUCCGCUCGUAGAGAAUGAGCAGAGUGUUGGAUUGAUGAGUCAAAUCACGGGCUCAUGCAGUUCCUUGGCCGAAUGGUUGGCUCAGGUAGGUACGGACAUGGUUUGGAUCCGGGACUUAAAUCGGGUGAGGCGCACCGCCCGUGCAGUAUUCUCGAGGCUUGCCAAAACAGUCUCAAUUGAAAACGAUGUAGUGUUUUACUACGACUCCGACAGACUAGAUAUCGCCGGGAACCUCUUGCAGUCCGUGGUCAGCACUUUUCUAAUCAGCAUCCCAGGGGAGCAAACGGGGAGGACAUACUGGGUGCUGGCGAACCUAGACUAUAGCGCCCCGGGAUAUGACGACCUUCUCGCAACGCUCAGUAGCAUUGCGGCGGAUAUUGCGUUUAAAGUUGUUGUCCUCCGCGUAUUCCUCCAAGACAAGCACGACGCAGCGAGUAGCGAUGCCGAUAGCAACAUCACCGCGCACCAAAAAGCGCACCAGGCCAUUGCCGAGCUAUGCCUCUCGUACGGGUACUCGGCAAAGGGCCGAGCCUCGAUGCUGAGGUACACAAACUCGGCCGAGGCCCACACAAGACUUCGCUUGGAUUUUGCCUCGUACGCCGUCCGGUACCUGUCAAGACACUUGAACAAUAGCGGGAAAGGGUGGGAGGACAUCAUGCAGCACAUCCAUGCCGAAGACCUACCCCUUCGCAUCUGGAGUAAGGCCUUCUGGGUGCAAUCGAAUCCGAUGGCGCGAGCCCAUGACGCCCCGGCCUCUAGCCUAGCCUUUUCGCUGGGCACGGCGCUCUUGUUAUUGGUCGAGAUGGGUUGCGAACUGGACAUUCCCGACGACCCUAGCUGUAGGGACACAGUUAUGAGCAUCCUUGGCAAGCAUGGUCAUGCUGCUGCUGCCGGCUACUACGCCGACCAAAUGUUCAACAAACAGUCUGGCCAUUUCAAAGAGCCUGAAUCAGAUGCCGAGGGCUUCCCAAUCAUACAACAGGCCGUAAUCAAUGCCAUUCACUAUGGACAUUUGUAUACCCUUCAACUGCUUACUAGCACAGCUAAGAAGCACGUUGAAACGCCAAUAAACGGGCUGUCAGACCUGGCUGCGAAAGCAGCGGACCAAGGAAGAGCUGGCUGCCUCAAACAACUCCUCAAGUUACUUAGAGACGGCGAAGACAUGAGCUCAUACCCCAGCUUUGAGCCUGAAAUUGGACGAGCUAUUCAGGACUUCGAUAUACCGGUUCUUCGACUCCUGCUCGAGUUUGAAGAAUUUUCGGAUAAAUCAAGAUUUAUAGCCCUUUCGAGCUGCCUAUCUGAAGAGGAAUACAACGAGGUGCUAGAUGCUGCGUUCUGGACCACCGCCGAUGCCUUUGAGUUCAAGGACAAGAUGCUGCGUUGCCUGAUCAAGAACGGGGCCAAUAUCAAUGCAAAACUGACAAGCCUCUCCUGGGGCUUGGAAUCCACGCCGAUAUAUCUAGCAUCGUACUAUGGAAGGUUCAAGCACGUGGAGUUUCUGAUGGAGCAUGGUGCGGAUCCAAGUAUUCUCUGCACGGUCAAGAAGUGGACGGCUGCCCACGCCGCGUACGAUUCAGUAGCCAUCCUACAAGAGGUGAAGAAGGCGAAAGGACUUGAUCUGGAUGCCGAGGAUAUCUACGGGGCCACCGUGCUAUACUAUGCCGCAAAAUGGGGCCACGUCAAAGUGGUGAAAGUGCUCCUCGAAGCUGGAGUUGGGCUGGAACAUUCCUUUUUGGACGGUGGUCGGCAGCCGGCCACCCCAUUGUCCAUAGCGCUCGAAAAUGACCAUUUCGAGGUGGCCAGGCUCCUCAUCCAAGGAGGAGCAGAUGUUUCUUGCCUCAAAUCCGGUGCUAGCGAUGAGCUUAUCCGCCGGCAGGUUGAGAACAAUGACGUCGACUUCCUCAGAGAAUUGCUCCUCCUCGACAUCGAUAUUUCCGCAAAGAAUGGCGUCGGAAACACGGUGCUACAUCACAUUGGUGCAGAAACCGAUGUUUCUGUGGUCCGGCUCCUGGUUAACCGUGGCGUGCCGCUAGAAGAGACCAACGAAUGGCAUCAGACGCCUCUUUCCAUAGUAGCCAUGGAGGAUAACCUCAAAGUCAGCGAAUACCUCAUUUAUCUUGGGGCCAAGAUAAACAUUGAAGCGGGCAUGCGAGGAGGUCCGCUUCAUCGUGCCUGCAGAUAUGCGUCCGUUGAAAUGGUCAGGCUGCUCUGUGAAAAGGGCGCCGACGUGGACCUGGAGGACCCAAGCCCGGCCGGAACCCCGCUAGAGCCCGCCUGCCAGCGAGAAGCCGACCAAGACAGUAAAUAUGCCAUAAUCUCGUAUUUAAUCAACGACUGCCACGCGGAUGUGAAUAAGUCUAGCCCAUGGUGGGGCGGCAACCUCUCCCUUGCCAGUCUAACAUGCGAGUCGGAUAUCGUGGAGCUCUUUCUCGCUAAUCUCACAGCACCAGCAUCAGCCAUACAGGAGAGGGACUGGAUGGAACGCCAACCAAUCUACUUUGCGCUACACAAUUGUGAGGACAACGUUAGAUUAUUAUGUGAAAAGUACGGGGCGAAUCUCACCUCGGUGGACGCUCUAGGAAGAACAGCACUCCACUGUGUUGUAGCCAGUGGGCAGGUGGGUGCCGUCCAUUAUGUUUUGGAUAAACACCCCGAGCAACUGCAAAGCAGAGAUAUCGACGGCUGGACGCCCCUCAUGUGGUCGAUGCGGUCAUACUCAUCGUGGGGCCGCGUAGAGGCUUCAGACACCUUCGCCGUCGCUAAGACGUUACUCGAGCACCAGGACUGCAAGUACGCGUCGACCCAGAAACUUAUGCUCAGCGCUAGCAAUACAGGUGAUACGAGGUGGUCCGCCAUGAGACUGGCUAGGCAUUAUGAAAAGGGGCAGGACCUCAUUGACCUGCUGACUCCUAGCGAGGUGGAGAUCGAGGAAAACUCCACCCCGGACCACAAGGAUGUUACGGAGCCUUACUACCAAUGUACCGUCUGCAGCAAAUACGGGUUUUACCUCUGCUUCAAGUGCUAUAGGCACAGCGAAAUAUUGCACCCUGACCACGAUUUUAGAUCUAGCGAGUGGGAAAGCGAGUGCGAUAUUGAAGAGAGCAAGGGAGAUGAGGAGGAGGAGGACGAUGAUGAUGACGACGAUGAUGACGACGAGGAUGGAGAAGAAGACGAAGAAGAGGGGGAAGAGUUGACCAAGGAGCUCGCGAAGCGUGGCGCCCAAAUCGUGCUCCUGACGCAGGUCGCGCCGUCGGACCCAUUCCUGGCUGAGUUCAUCGAUGACAUUCGCGAGCAGACGGGCAAUGACCUCGUGUACGCGGAGCAGGUGGACCUGGCCUCCCUGCACAGCGUGAGGCAGUUUGCGACCAAGUGGAUUGAUAACGCGCCGCCGCGGAGACUCGACAUGAUUGUUCUGUGCGCGGCGACGCUGACGCCCCGGCGGGACGAGGCCCCGGCCAUCCGCGCCCAGCCCUUUGACCGCGACGUCCGAAUCGUCAUCGCCACCUGCGCCUCGUAUAUUGGUUCCCCGCCCCUCCGAGAGAAGCUCGACCGCACCACGUGGUCUCCCGGGCGAGCCUACGCGCGAAGCAAACUCGCCCUCAUGGUGUUUGGCAGGGCUUUCCAGAAGCACCUCGAUGCCUACAAGCGGCCCGACGAGCUGCCCAUGAACGCGCGCGUCAUCUUUGUCGACCCGGGCCUCUCGCGUACCCCUGGGACCCGGCGCUGGCUCACGCGUGGCUCGCUCACGGGCCUCGCGCUCUACCUCAUUGGCUACCUCCCCGUCUGGCUGCUCCUCAAGAGCCCCCACCGUGCUGCCCAUCCGUUCCUCUACGCCGCCAUGGAUCCCGAGCUGGGCCGCAUCGGUGGCGGACGCCUGGUCAAGGAGUGUCGGCUCGUGGACUUUGCCCGCACCGACCUGGACGACGAGGAUGCGGCUAAGAACUUGUGGGAGGGGACGGAUAAGUACAUUGAGAAGAUUGAAAAGGAACAGGCGAUGGCGAGGGCGAAAGACAAACUCAAGCAGGAGGAAAUGGUCAAGCGGGCCGCUGAAGCGGAGAAGGCGGAAGAGAUUGGCGCAUUGGUGGACGCGAUCAAGAAGGGCAAACAAAAGGAAAAGGAAAAGACAGGCACGCGCAAGAGGACGAAGAAGACGACGUAG